AUAACAAGCCUGCGGAUCUGAGUUGAUGUCCCUCAGCUCUGUCACCCGGAGGUUCAAAUCACCUGAAAAAGAAAAAGGAAAAAACACACGGACAAGAAGAGAGGAGACCCAGAAAGAAACAACAACAACAACAACAACAACAACUACUCUGCUCCGACGAAGGGAGAGAGGGGGGGAGAGAAGCUUUUGUUUAUCUUCGCGGAGUUUGUUUGUGGAGGAUCUCUGCGUGGAUUAACACUCCGUGAGAUUAUGUCAACUUCAGAGUGAAAAUUGUGGAUCCCCUGCAUCACGCGUGGAUACCCGGAGGCUGCUUGUUGCACAUUUUUGUCGGAACCCCGAGGAAGGAAGGAAGGAGGGGGGGGUAUUUUUUUUUUUCUUUAUCCCAGUUAAAUCCGUGCAAACACCAGCGGACACUUGUUGAAAUUUUUCACCGAGCAACUGCUAACGAGGCUAACUCGUUUUCUCCAACGUCAGCUUGGACCACAAUACCCGCUACAAGUUGGCUUUUAAUGUUGGCUUAGAUGCCCCACGGAGGGCACGCGGUGUCUAAAAGUGCGUCUGUCAAAAAAAAAUAAAUAAAUAAAUAAAUGUAAAUGAAAUAGUCGCGAUGGCACUGACAGCAGCUUAGCCAACUUUAGCUUUAGCUGCUGCCGUUCACCUCCAACGGUACGUUAGCAAUGACGGCUAACGCCAUGUCAACGCUACAUUCAAACAAGUGGUUCGCCGAAAAAUGUGUCAAAGUGAAGCUAAAUCGUGCCGUUGACUGGUCAUAAACGACGCGCCGCUCGUCUCGCAAGUUUUUAAACUCGUUUCGGAGACGUAGGGAGCACGUAAAAGUGAUAGUCCCAACUUUUAUUUGGCGUUUGACGUUAGCUUAGCCGCGCUAGCUCGGCUCGUUAAGGGUUCGGUGUAGUAGGGCUUUUUCUUUUACAGCUCUCAUGGGUUUGCUCCGUCGCUCAUUGAGAGAUUUUGCGUAAUAGACUCCCACCAUAACCGUCCCCUUAUCUUUUUUUUUUUUUUUUUUUUUUUUUUUACACUGAAGUUGUUUAAAAAAACAUAAAUAAACUGCGGCCCGCACAAUGUCCGGCUCCCCGGGCACAGGUGGCUCAAACCCCAGGAAGUUCAGCGAAAAGAUAGCGCUGCACAACCAGAAGCAAGCAGAGGAGACGAGGGCCUUUGAGCAGCUCAUGACAGAUCUCACCGUCUCAAGGGUGCAGUUCCAGAAGAUCCAGCAGCUUCGUCUGUCUCAGUCGCGGCCGCAGUACUACGGCGGCUCGCUGCCCAACGUCAAUCAAAUCGGCAACGCCAGCAAUGAGUUUCAGGGUGGUUUCCCUUCGGGGUUGGACUCGGUCAGAGGGACGCGCCAUCACGGGCUGGUCGAGAGGGUCCACAGGGACCGGAACCGCAUCAACUCCCCCCAUCGUCGCCCCAUCGACAAGCACGGCAGGCAAAUGGAGAGCUCUCCGUACGGAGCCGUGUACCUGUCCCCACCUCCGGACAACAACUGGAGAAGGGAACAGCAGCCGUGGACUGAGGAAAAGCGCCCUGGGUUUAGAUUAAUAUCACAACUCAACAGAACCAACUCAGACUCCGCUCUGCAUACGAGCGCCAUGAACCCGAACCCCCAGGACCCGUUUGGCAUGAACCAGCACAUGGGUCGAGGCCCCCCACAGCGAAACGCGAGCGUAAACGAGGCCGAGGUGGACGGAUCCGGAGACAUUUUCUCCUUCCCCAGCCUGACGAACGAGGAGAGUCUAAUAGGCGUCAGCAAGCCUCUUCCCAAGCAGCUGUGGGAGGCCAAGAAGGUCCAGUCUCUGGCGUCGAGGCCCAAAUCGUGUGAAGUGCCUGGAAUCAACAUAUUCCCGUCUCCGGAGCAGAACCUCGGUCUGUCCCACUAUCAGGGCUCGUUGAGCACCGGCGGCUCCCUGCCCGAUCUCAGCAACCUGCAGUUCCCCUCGCCGCUCUCCACCCCGCUGGACCCCGACGACAACGGAGGCUACCCCAACCUCAGCGGGGGCAGCAGCACCGGAAACCUGCCGGCCGCCAUGAUGCACCUGGGCAUCGGAAACUCACAGAGUCUCUCGUCCUCUCUGAGCAAUCCCUCGAUUCAGGCCUCGCUCAACAACUGCCAGCUGCAGCCGUCGCUCAGUAAUCCCUCCAUUAACUCGUCCCUGCGCCUGUCCAGCAACUCCCCCCGACGGCGGCCGGCUCCCAUCAGCCCCCUCACCCUGUCCCCCGGGGCCGAGCAACGCAGGGGUCUGGCCAAGCAGCUGUCCCCCACCAUGUCCCCCUCGCUGUCCCCCAUCACACAGGUAUUUACAGAGGGGAGUUUGGAUUUCUCUUUUUACCACCCCGUAAAUCACAAACUACUGUCAACGGGAGUUGCUCUGGAUACCAGCAACAUGCCAAGGGAGCCGCCCCCGCCCUAUCCACUCUACCAGCAAUCCCAGCAUGCAGUGGACCAGGGCAGACAGCGGCAACAGCCACACCAGCAGCAGCAGCAGCAGCAGCAGCAGCAGCAGCAACAACAGCAACAACAACAACAUCAACAACAACAGCAGCAACAACAACAACAACAACAACAGCAGCAGCAGCAGCAACAUCAACAACAUCAACAACAACAACAUCAACAACAGCCUAUUUCCCCUCUUCAGAACAUCCCACUGGACUUCAACACGAGCCAACACAACAACAUGGCGGCGCUCUUCAACGACCCCUUCAUGGAGCAACAGUUUUCUAAUCGGCAGAACAAGACCCUCCCCUACCAGUUGGAUCAGUUCAGCCUGUUGGAAAACGCCAUGAGCUCCACGGCGGGGGGGUCGUGCUUCGAUCCCUCGUCCUCCUCCUCCUCCUCCUCCUCGCUCUACUACUCCCAGGCCGCGCUGUCGGGCCUUGGCGGCAGCCACGGAAACCUGCAGGACCCGGUGCACAUGAGGUGCAACAUGCUGUACUCGAACUGCAGCGGAGGGCUGCCCAACAUCAUACUCACCGAUGACUCCAACCCCAGCCUGUCGAAGGACAUCAGCAGCGCCCUGUCCACGGUGCCCGAGUGCUUCGACUCGGAGGGAGGUUUCCCGCUGGAGGACGAGCUGCGCAUCGAGCCGCUGAGCCUGGACGGUCUGAGCAUGCUCAGCGACCCCGACAUGGUGCUGCCGGACCCGUCUGUGGAGGACACGUUCCGCAGCGACAGACUCUGACUGUAGGGGGCGCCGCAAGCCAGAAAAAAAACACACACACACACAUUUGCGGUGUAACGUGUACAAAAUCUGAAUAUGCAUGCAGAUAAAUCUCUAUAGGGCCACUGUGCAUGCGUCCACUGCCACUAAGAUUCAGUAAAUGUGAAAGACAUGAACAGCAUGCGCACAGUCAUCCUCACUUCUUCUUCUUCUUCUUCUUCUUUUUUCUUUUUUUGUUUAAAAAAAAAAAAAAGGAGACUUGUGAGCAAACACUGUUUACACCUGCUUUGUGCAAAAGUAACCGUCACGCCUGCUUCAGCUCACGUUUCUCCGAUAUUAUUUGAAAUGAUGCAGUUUGGACUUUAAAGUCGAAGCCCACUCCCCCCCCAAAAAAAACUCCUGUCCUCAAACCAAAAAAAGACUAAGCAAAUAAAUCCUCUCAUCGCCGGCUCCCGAAACCGAAGCCAUGGCAACCGCGUCGCCACGGUUACGCACCAUAGCAACCCCCAUCGUUGCUGAAGAGCAGCAGAGAUGCCAACACAUGAUUUUUUCUUUUUGUUUUUUUUUUGGUUGUUCGACUCUUAACGUACGAGUCCGGUGCUGCGGUUAAAACAUGUGGUCGGGUUCACGGCGGGACGUUCAUGUGAACGGCGCCGGAGGCCAAGACGAACUCUCCCCCCUCGGGGGGAAACACAAUCAAAUAUAUUCAAGCGAGCGAAAGGUUUUUUGUUUUUUUGUUUUUUUUCGUUUUUUCCUCUGGUGGAGUCGAGUCCAGCUGCGCGUGGCCCCUUCAGGCUCCUGAACAAUCGUGGUAGAAAUGAAGACUAGAGGGAUUUUUUUUUAAGCUUUCGCUUCAAAUGUAUGUCUUUUCAUUUGACAAAAAAAAAUGUUUGCCACAGAUUUAUAGAUAUGAAUAUAAAUAUAUAUGCACCUAUACGUAUAAAUAAAUAAAUAUAUAUGAAGCUUUUAGCCUGAUCAGAAUAUAUUUUCAAACUCGAGACAAAAAAAAAAGGGCAAACUGUUUACAGAGAUGAGAUUUUAAUAAUACUACUAAAGAGUGUAGAUUUUUGAAUUUCUAAUUGAGAAAUUUGCGAUUCUAAGAUGUACUGAACAUAAAUUCUAUAAAUAUAUAUAUAUAUAUAUAUAAUCUGGAUGGACGUCCUCUCACAGAGUCGGCUGUGAUUUUAUUUCUCUCUUUCUGGCAGAGCUCUGGACGGCACUGGGACAAACGAAACGUCGAAGUCCGAUUUUUAUUUUUUUCAUUUUUUUUUUCCCACAUUUACGUUUUUUCAAGAAACAUUCGUUUUUUUUUUUGCGUAUGAUUUAUUUUUUUCCUUUUUUUUGUACUGACUCGUUCUGGCGCUUGUACUGUACCGUUUGUGAAUAAUAAGGGCAUGCGCUGUGCUACUGUGGAUCGAUUAUGUCCUGUUAUCUGUCUUUGCGUCCCCCCCCCCCCCCACCCUUUACCUCCCUCCGCCUCCCAGCCGAGAAGCGAUUGAUUCAGAGAGCAGGUAGCGGUCGCGUGGACAUCGGACAUCAUGUAACGUUGCACUUAAACUCGUUUGCACUAAUUCGUGCACAUUUUGAAGACUGAUUUAUUUCGUUUUUUGGUAAAGAAUGUUUUUUUAUAUAUAUAUAUAUAUAUAUAUAGAUAUACAUAUAUAUAUAUAUACACACCUGAAAAUCCAAAGAAGUCAAAUGAAGCCAUCAAAGAGAAACUUUAUAUAAAUAUAUAUAUUAAAUAGUCAGUGCACAUAUUCACCUUUGAAAACACUCAGCAGCUGUUUAAUGUGACAGAACUGAUGAGAUGUGUCCUUUGAUAAUGUGUUUUUUGUAAGAAGCUCUUAUUUCCAACAGAUUAUGUAAUAACGUCAACAACAAAAAUAUACAUAUAUAUACACACACACACAUGAAUAAAUCAGGGCAUUGAGCGCCCCCUAGUGUCUGUUUUCAUGAAGAGCAGUUUUGUAAUAGAGGCUCUUUUUUUUUUUUUAACCUAUGCAACUUUUACAAAAGCCUGUUGAACAGGUGCAACUUGUACAUUAUAUGCAGCGUGAAGCGGGAUCAAAUUUGCUAGAAAUCACAAUAUUACAUGUGUCCAGUGUCCACGGUGUGUUUUGUUGCGUUUGUUGAGCAGAUUUAAAGGUUGUGUCCCAGUGUUUCUGUGUGGACUGUGGGAUUCAGUGUCAUUAUUUGUGGAAUAUGAAAUGAAGAGGGGCUGCCGGGGUUUGUUUGUUUUUUUAUUUUAUAUAUAUAUAAGAGUUUAUAUAUUCUGACCCAGUUGUACCUGCUCUCUCAGUUGGGGUUAGAGUCCUUCUUUCCCAGCCUGCCCCCCCUCCCUCCCCGUCUGAACCGCCUGCCUACUGCUGCCUUACUUCGUUGUAUUUUCAUAUUCUAGCAGUAAAAUAAAACCCUGCGUCGCCUAAUAAUCACCUUAGCUUUAGCUCCUGUUUGGUACUAACUUGCCCCGUGGUUCUUUUCUGUCUUUUAGUCUCACUGUUUGAUUUUUUUUUUUUUGGUGUCUUACUUUUUUUUUCUUUUUAUUUUUUUAGUUGCAUAUUAAAAAAUGUACAGUUCUGUUAUUUAAAGAAUGUUUUUGUCCACUAGUGUUACUACUACUACUACUAUUUUUUUUUUUUUUUUGUAAUAUCAUUUGAGGUUUUUUUUUUUCUCCCAAGAUAUAAAUUUUAUUGGUUUGUAACGUAUGUUCUAGUGCUUAUCUUUCUUCUGAUUUAAUAUAAACAAUAAAAAAAACUCUAUACUGUG